CGAAAAUGGCGCCAGGACAGUCAACAGUCAUUAGAUCCUCGCUGCCAUAUCAGAUACUGCUGUACUGUAAUGGCUGGUAUUCAGGGGCCUUUGUCAUUGCAGAACUCCUAGUGUUUAUAUACAAAGGUGAAACACUACCGUACGCUCGAGGAAACCUACCAGCUGAGAUUAUCCUAUUGCUACUACUCGGAUGUCUCGAGGGAGUGCGACUGUUCCUAGGUCAGAAGGGCAACCUGACGGAGCGAGGCAUGGCCGUGGGGCUGUCGCUCGUGCUCAGCAUGGCCACGCUCGUCGGCUUCCUCUACCUGACGCUGUGGCAGACGUACGUGCUGCGGCUAGAGGUGAUCCUCACUGGCAUCGGCCUCGCCUUCAUCGGCCUCGAGCUCAUCUUUGGUCUAAUAUCGAUCAUCAGCUUCGCGAGGGCAGCUCCGUAUGGAUGAUUGCUUACGAAACAACCAGGUGGCAGCACAAGUAUGAAAAUAAUUGAGUACGUUGAAGAGAUCCCUCAUCACCACCAAGCUCUGCUAACAACCAGUAUAACGGUUCUGCUAGUUAACUAAUUAAGGAUAAUUAUAACACAGUCUAUACCCAAUUUAGUCUAUCAGUGGUCAUUAGUCUAUCUAUUAGUGCUGACAGUGGCAACAGAAGUUACAGAACUAAUGUGGGCACUGUCUAAGAACUGGCCAGCUCUCUUUUUAUUGCUGACGUCCAAGUGCUGCUAAACGUCAAAGAUCUAGUCCAUGUAUAGAAUCAUGAAAAAUCUGCCCAUGUACAGAAACAGAGGCGCAUUCAUUGUUAGAAACAUUACAUCGUAAGUAGUUACGACAUCAUGUCUGAAACGUCUUAACUUCUGAAGUAAAGCGCUAUGAAUAACCUGCAACAUUUUACACUUAUGAUAGUCAUAACUAUUUAUAUGGUUCUGACAACAUGCACCUGGUCUUUAUCCGUCCAUGAAUGCAAAAAAGAAGGACGUAACACUGUUGGUCAUUGGUUAACAUCUAUAGAAUUGUCCCAGCCGUACAACAGUGAUAACUACCACGUAUCUUGCUGUCAUGAACCGCUGUUGCAAGUGUAAAUCCUGCCAAAUAUUUUGUGCGUUUUUUUUAUACAUUUACUAAAGCCUAGAACUGAUGAAUUCGGAAGGCAGCAAUUCUCUUUUUACAUCGCAAACCUGUUUCUGCUGGCCACACUAUUUUCUUCUGAAAGACGUGUAAAUACUAAAUAUAGGUGUAUUUCACCUGAGAAUCUCUCGAGAACUUGUUGCAAGAAGAAGAAAAGAAGAAGAAACAUCCGUGAUGUGGCAUGAUCUAAAUAAGGUUAUUCUGCUAUGUGUGUACGUGCACGUGUUUGUGUUUGUAAGUGCGUGCAUGUGUGUGUACACGCGGGGGUGUAGGGCGUAUAUGUGCACGUCCGUGCGUGCCUGCGUGUGUGUGUGAGUGGGAGUGGAAGCGUGCGUGAGAGUGCGUGUGUGCCUACGGGCGUGUGUACGCACGAGAAUGAAUGUGUAUCCUCGUGACGUGACUAUCAUCUUUUCCCGUCGACCGUGAGAAGCACGUUGGACGCAGUCUCUGACGUCUUCUCUCCAUCUACAGCUCAUCCCAGUAUUUAGCUCAUUCUGUAACUGUGCGCGUGCAUUUCGCUAGGGUUAGCUUAAUGGAAUUGCUUACCGAGUCUUUUCCGUUUAGUGUUCCGUGUACAGUAUAAAAAUAGAGUUUGUACAUAUGACAUUUAAUUCUUGUUUAUCUUCGAAUGAAAUAUAUGUAAAUAUAUAUAUAUGAUAUCCUUUACUUCACAUGCUCUUGGUGUUUAAUCAAUUUGCUUGAUUGUUAUUUAGUGGUCGAAUAUUUGGUGAACUGUGUAUAUAUAUGGAAGUAUAUUGUUUAUCACAGUA